GACCGGGGCACCGGGGGUGGAACGGAAGGAGGGGCGGCGGCGGCGGCGGGGCCGUGCCGGGCCGGGCCGGGCCGGGAGGUGGAACGCACGGCCCCGCUGAACCCGCCGCGGGGCCUGCGGGAGCAGCAUGGCCGCCAGCCUGUGGAUGGGGGACCUGGAGCCCUAUAUGGAUGAAAACUUUGUUUCAAGAGCCUUUGCCACCAUGGGAGAGCUUGUACUGAGUGUAAAAAUCAUUCGAAACAGGUUGACUGGAAUUCCAGCAGGCUAUUGCUUUGUAGAAUUUGCAGAUCUAGCUACUGCAGAGAAAUGUUUACACAAAAUUAAUGGAAAACCACUUCCUGGUGCUACACCGGCAAAACGAUUUAAAUUGAAUUAUGCAACAUAUGGAAAACAGCCUGAUAACAGUCCAGAAUAUUCCCUUUUUGUGGGAGACCUGACUCCUGACGUGGAUGAUGGGAUGUUAUAUGAAUUUUUUGUUAAAGUUUAUCCAUCGUGUAGAGGUGGAAAAGUUGUUUUGGACCAGGCAGGAGUAUCCAAAGGUUAUGGGUUCGUGAAAUUCACAGAUGAACUGGAACAGAAGAGAGCACUGACAGAGUGUCAGGGAGCUGUGGGGUUGGGCUCUAAACCUGUACGCUUGAGUGUGGCUAUACCAAAAGCUAAUCGUGUGAAACCAGUGGAGUACAAUCAGAUGUACGGCUAUAAUUACAACCAGUAUUACCAACAGUACCACAACUACUACGCUCAGUGGGGGUACGACCAGAACACGGGCAGUUACAGCUACAGCUACCCCCAGUAUGGCUACACGCAGAGCACCAUGCAGACAUAUGAAGAAGUUGGUGAGGAUGCAUUGGAAGAUCCCACACCUCAGUUAGAUGUCCACGAAGCAAACAAGCAGUUUAUGGAACAGAGUGAAGAGCUCUAUGAUGCCUUGAUGGACUGUCAUUGGCAGCCUUUGGACACUGUCUCAUCAGAGAUCCCAGCCAUGUUAUAGCCUCAUUGCUGAGGCAUUGUGGCUGUGAGACAUCCUCCCAUUGUGCUCCAGACUGUUACACUGCCCCCGGAUCCUGCAGCUGUGAGGGGUGGCCCUUUCCCCACCCAGGUCAGGUACUCGGAGUACAGGAGGACUGUGGCCUUUCCUGUAGAGAACAAGUAUUGUAGGAGCAUCACAGUAACCUUUAUUCAUGGCGAAAAAUAGAACUGCGACAGUUUUAUUCCUUUUGUCUUGAAAUGAACUCUUAAUACUUACUGGGAAUUGUAAUUUAUAAACUCAACAAGAUGGCACAGGAGAGAGACUCUACUCCAUCGUACAAUAAAAAAGUUGGUCUUUUAAGUAAAAUUACACUUUGCAUUUUGGUUCCUGCCCAUCUUUCUGCUUUGCUGCCCAUUCAACUGUCUUAAGUCAUUUGACCCAACGCUCAUGAAUGAGUUAUUUCAAAAAAGAUCAUUGUUGGACACCACUAAAAUGUCUCAAAAUCUUUCCAGUGACUGGGUGAGGUUGCUAUAACUUGAGCGUGUGAUGAAAGUUUGCAUUGUGGUUAACUUAAGCUGUGAUCUUGAGCUUGCAAGUUUGAUAUUCUCAAGCAAUCAACCCAAAGAGCACUUUGGAGAAAAAAGACAGAAAGGAGUGUUAUAAAGCUUUUACCUGGUGAUACCUUGCACACCUGGCCUGCUUCUCCACCUGUGUAUGAGGAAAUAAUUCCCCGUGAACCAGCAGUUUAAAACACUUUUCCCAGCAACCAUAUUUAAAUGUUAUUUUGUGUAUCAUGCCUUUAUUUUUUUUAUUGUGGACACACCUUGAUGGUCUCAUUGAGAUGUUGAGAUUUUGUAGUGUCUUCCACUGUCCAGUCAGAGCAAAACUAAAGAUCUUGCAGCAAAAAGGGGUCAGAGCAAUUGCAUUGAUAUACUGUGCAGCAAAUGGUUGUUAACUUGAAAAGCAGUUUUCUACCGGAUGUUGUAUAAGCUGAUUGGACAAGCAAUAUAUUUAAGCUGAUAUGUUGCAUUAGAGGUGAAAGUGAAAAUAAUAGCACUUAUAUACAUGUUAUAAGCCCUUUUUCAGGCUUUUUGUGCCUUAAACUCUUGGAGAAAUAGGAUCAGAGAAACUACCUGUAAUAAAUGUCUGUCCAAGGAAUAGUUUGGUAACUGAAAUUGCUACUGCAGAGCAUUUCGUUGCCUCUCUGCCCAUGUUGAUGCAGAGAUUUGCCACCAAAUUUAAAUACUUUGAUAAAGCUACUUCUACUACACCUUUCUUUGUGUCUAUAAUUAUGACCUAUUUGUCAGUCUAUGGUCUUUUUUAUCAACUGGAAGUUGGAUGUGAAGGGAAUGGUGAUGUGACUGGAGUUCGAGUGAGCUAGAGGACUACUGGACUCCUGCAUUCUCAUCUGCUUUGAAUUUUUCUCAUGCUGUGCCCCUGGCUGUGCUGCUGUCUCACCUUCAGCUGCUCUGAAUGUAAGGAAAGGAAUGUUCCCUGUGUAUGCCAGGAGUUUCGGAAGCAGCAGAAGUGGAAGAGAGCAGAGCUGUAUAUCCUCUAAUGUGGCUGCUCAGCUCAAGACACCCCCUCUUCUCGGGAAGUUCAGCAGAGUGGCAUUGCAGAAAUUAUGUAAAGAAUGGCAUUUAAAACACUUUCUGGAUCAUUCUGUUACUGUGCUGCCCUGUGUGCCUGCCCUUCUCCUGUUUUGCAGUUGUCUUUUCCUAUCCCCACGAAUUUUGGCUUUUACAGUGUAGCCAUCCCAGUUUGCUCCGGGGGGCAGGGGUGAAGCCACAUUUAUUUAUCAAUAUAAAUUUAUUCUGCUGUUCUCAUCUGCCCAGCAUUGCUGUCUGUGGAGUAUUCCCUAAUGCCUGGAUAAACUACGUCUAUGAAAGUCUGUCUCUAGAGGAGAGAAGAGCAGGUUAUCAGGAAUCAGACAGCAACCUUUGGGAAAAUCCUUUUGCUCUCUGCUUUUAUUUUGUGGUGGAAAGAAAAAUGCUCCUGGCCAUUAUUGCUGUGUCUGAAGCACAGGAGAGGCUUUUAAAUGGAGCUACAAAACAGCCACAUCCUGGGAUUUGUAAGGUUUGCCUUUUGGAAUCCCAGUCAGAGUGUGGGAUUUUGUUUCUCCUGGAUGGCUGCAGGAAAAGCCUAGAUUAAUUACCAUUUAGUGUCACACAGGAUGAAAGACAAGGCCUCCAUGUAGUAAGGUGCUGGGAACUGCAGCUCUUCCAGCAUGUGCUCUCUGUCCUGUGCUGUGGAAGAAGCUGGUGAGAGAUUCUCAUGAGGGCUUCUCAUCAGGGCUUCGCUGACCAUGGACAUGCAGUGGGAUUUUUCUCUGCCACUCUUGGAUCUCCGUCCAUCGUGUUAUGGCAGGCUGAGGUCUGCUGGGCAUCCAGUGCUUUUCAUUGCUGCUCUUUGGGGAUUCUCCCAGUUCAGCAUUUGGAAGAGUUUCUUCCCAAGCAGUGUUUGCCAAGGCUCACAUGGUAUCAGUGGCUGUGCCAAGGAGACUCCAGGAAUUGCCUCAUGACUUGGCGGACCAGCUGUGAGAUCCAUGGAGGAGGAGAAUGGGAGCAGCUGCUUGUACCUUGUCCCUGACAGCUUUGGCAAGGACUGUCUUGGGGAAGGUUUGGCUACACAAGGUUUGGGGCUCGUUCCCAGACUUGGCCGUAAACAGGACUUGCAGGCUUUUCCAGCUGAUUUCCCACUAUGGUUGUGCCUUCAGCAUCAGCACCAGCAGCUGUUCCAGCACUCCCUUCCCGCCCGUUGACAGGUGCUGCCAUUUUAAAUCCUUUCCAUGAAUUAUGAACCAUGAACCAGGAGCUUCACAGAGGUAUUGUGUUGGCAAACAGACUUCUGUUUCCAAGAACCUUUCCUUCUAUUCCCCGAGGGUGGUGCUCCCCCCACCCCCCCAACCCCGUUCCAAACGGGAGGAAGGAGAAGGGGAAAUGCAGCUGCUGUUUUCAGCUUUUCAAAGAGCACCCCUGGUGUGGACCUAGCAUGGAGAAGGAGAGAGAAAUUGUACUUGUCCCACCCGGACUGGAGAGUCGUUUAGGUGGGCUGGGAUGUGCAGCUGCUUCCAGUGCUGGUGGGUGUUGUUGUGAAUCGUGGGAUCUGAAAUAGUUUGGGUUGGGAGAGGACUGAAAGCUCAUCUCGUUCCAGCCGCUGCCGUGGGCAGGAACACCUAGAGCAGGUUGUUCAGGGGUCUUUUCUAUGCUUUGGGAUGGGGUGGCGCGGGAGACUGGAAGGGGGAAAGGCGGGAACGACGAUUGGGACUGCAGACAGCGCGCCUACAACUCCCAGGAGCCUCUGCGAGAGAGCCCGGCACCAGCAGCCAAUCGGAGCCCGCACUGCCGCGCUAUAAAAGGUGGCCGCGGACCAGUUUCCGCCUCUUUCGGCCAUGGCGGCGAGUAGGGGUGGCUGUGGCGUGGGCGCCGGGAACCAUCCACCGCCAUCCUUCGUCGCUGGGGGUCUCCCGCCGCUCGGCUCCGCCGCAUCGGCGCCCUGUGGGCAUCGCGUCCGGCGGCGGCGCUUCGGUGCGCUUCGAGGGCUGCGAAGGGCAGCGCGGCCUUGCGCCCGCCCUUCUCCUCAGGCCGGGCCCGGCCCCAGGCUCAAGACUCUUCUUCCCCAGCAGCAUCCUGGUGUAGAAGGUGAUCCUGGGACAUGGGAUUGCUGGUGACAGCCUCAGCUUUGAGCAGGGUGAAAUGAAUCAAAGGUGUGUCCACAAAAGUCUGCAGCCCACUGCUGAAAUUGGGGGUAUGUUGUGAUGUCUUCCAGAAGUCCUGGGUGUUCCAGAACUCAUCCAUCUGAUGGACAAACCCAGCAAUAACUGUGGAAAAAGAUGAGAACCUGUGAGCCCUGUCCCAAGGGCUUCACCUUGCUUCCCAUAGGACCCGAGUUGUGGGAAAGCUGCAGUGCAGAACAUGUCUGAGCAGAGGGUGAGCCAUCCCUGAGGGACUUGGUGCUGCAGUGCCUGACUGUUCUUUUCCAGCCCUCUCUUCAGAAGUGGGAGCUCUGCAGAGCCAGAUCCUGGCUCCUUCCUGAGCUAUGAGUUCCACUAAGUGGGAUCAGCCACUUCUGGGCUCCAUUCACCUGCAGUGGAGGGAGAUGGAACUGGCGUGGCUCCAGGUGUUGCUGAAGCUCCAGUUCAGAUGCUCCACGUGGAAGAACAGUCGGUUCCAUGGAUUUUUCUCAGGAGGGGGUUUGGAUAUUAAAUACUUGAUUAGAGCAGGGAUCCAGUAAUGCCAAGGUGGCGGGUUUGAUCCCUGUAUGGACUGUUCACUUAAGAGCUGGACUUGGUGAUCCACGUGGUCCCUUCCUACUUGGACUAUUCUGUUUGCGUGAUAGGAUUUUGAAUAAAUAUGAUUACUUCAAA